GGGGGGGGCGGGGCCUGGCCGGCUGAGGCACCGCCGCCCGGGGUUGGAGGAACCUGAGGCGCGGGGCACGGGACCGCGAGGAGUCCGGACGGCGGCGGGCGCGAGGGCAGGCGUAGCCGGAGUGGUCGCGCCUGCGUCGACCGCCGCCCCGCGGCCUUCGUCUUCGCACGUCCCCUCCCUCUCCGCCGGGACGCGGGAGAGCCCGGCGCGCGACGGGGGCGCGAGGCGGAGCGGGCGGGGGCGGCCAAUGCGAAACUGGCUGGUGCUGCUGUGCCCGUGUGUGCUCGGGGCCGCGCUGCACCUCUGGCUGCGGCUGCGCUCCCCGCCGCCCGCCCGCGCCUCCGGGGCCGGCCCGGCAGAUCAAUUGGCCUCAUUUCCUCAGUGGAAGUCUAGUCACUAUGAUGUGGUAGUUGGUGUGUUGUCUGCUCGCAAUAACCACGAACUUCGAAAUGUGAUAAGAAGCACCUGGCUGAAGCAUUUAAUACAACAUCCAUCAUUAAGUCAACGUGUGCUUGUGAAGUUCAUAAUAGGAGCUCAUGGCUGCGAUGUGCCCGUGGAAGACAGGGAAGAUCCUUAUUCCUGCAGACUGCUCAACAUCACGAAUCCGGUUUUGAACCAGGAAAUUGAGGCUUUCAGUCUUUCUGAAGACACUUCAUCAGGAAUUUCUGAGGACCGAGUUGUCAGCGUGAGCUUCCGAGUUCUCUACCCCAUCGUUAUUACCAGUCUUGGGGUGUUUUAUGAUGCCAGUGAUGUGGGUUUCCAGAGGAACAUCACGGUCAAGCUUUAUCAGGCAGAACAAGAGGAGGCUCUCUUCGUGGCCCGUUUCAGCCCCCCGAGCUGUGGCGUGCAGGUGAACAGGUUGUGGUACAAGCCUGUGGAGCAGUUCAUCCUACCCGAGAGCUUUGAAGGUACCAUCGUGUGGGAGAGCCAAGACCUCCAAGGCCUCGUGUCAAGAAAUCUCCACAAAGUGACUGUGAAUGAUGGCGGCGGCGUUCUCCGAGUCAUUACGGCCGGGGAGGGCGCCUUGCCCCACGAGUUCAUGGAAGGCGUGGAGGGAGUGGCCGGAGGUUUUAUUUACACCAUUCAGGAAGGUGACGCACUCUUACAAAACCUCCAUUCUCGCCCUCGAAGACUUCUUGACCACAUAAGUAACCUCCACAGGGAAGACGCCCUACUGAGGGAGGAAAGCAGCGUCUAUGACGACAUUGUUUUUGUGGAUGUCGUGGACACUUACCGAAAUGUCCCUGCGAAAUUGCUGAACUUCUACAGAUGGACCGUGGAAACAACCAGCUUUGACUUACUGCUGAAGACAGACGAUGACUGUUACAUAGACUUGGAGGCUGUAUUUAAUAGGAUUACCCACAAGAAUCUGGACGGGCCUAAUUUUUGGUGGGGAAAUUUCAGACUGAACUGGGCUGUGGACCGAACCGGCAAGUGGCAGGAGCUGGAGUACCCCAGUCCCGCCUACCCAGCCUUUGCCUGCGGCUCGGGGUACGUCAUCUCCAGGGACAUCGUGCACUGGCUCGCCGGCAACGCGGGCAGACUGAAGACCUAUCAGGGUGAAGACGUGAGCAUGGGCAUCUGGAUGGCAGCCAUAGGACCUGCGCGCUACCAGGAUGGCCUGUGGCUGUGUGAGAAGACGUGUGAGACAGGAAUGCUGUCCUCCCCGCAGUACUCGCCCGAGGAGCUGGCGCAGCUGUGGCAGCUGAAGGAACUGUGUGGGGAUCCUUGUCAGUGCGAAGCAGCAGCGGGAGGGUUUUAACUUGCUGUGCCGGAGGAGGACGGUACGCCUGGGAGCAGCUGGGGUCAGUCGGAGGGGAGCCUGCAGUUAGGUAACAGGCGCUGUGGUCUUUCCAGAUAGUUCUAGGUUGGUACUUUUUACCUGAAACCAAUGUGAUAUUUCUAAAUGUUUGCACAAAAUUUCCUUUUUAAAAAUCAA